UCUCGGACUUCCGUAUUCUUCCACUACUACCGUCAACUAACCGGCCGACGCAGAGGAACAUUCAGAAUGUCUCAUCAAACCGGCAUCCAGGCUACCGGGGAAGUGAAAGAAAUCUUUGCAAGGGCUCGGAAUGGUGAAUAUCGGCUGAUCAAAGUAGUGAUUGAAAAUGAGAAGCUAGUUCUUGGCGGAAGCAAACGAGCUGCCAAGAAAUGGGACCAAGAAUGGGACAGCUAUGUUCUUCCUCUCGUGGAGGAUGACAUGCCUUCAUACCUCCUCUACAGGUUGGACACCACCAAUAAUCAGGGUUAUGAGUGGAUCUUUCUGGCCUGGUCUCCAGAUCACUCACCAGUUCGACAAAAGAUGUUAUAUGCUGCUACGAGGGCUACGUUGAAGAAAGAGUUUGGUGGUGGACACAUUAAAGAGGAGAUUUUUGGCACAGUGAAGGAUGAUGUCUCUCUAAAUGGCUAUAAAAAGUAUCUCACCUCCCAAGCAGCACCUCUUCCCCUGACAGCAGCAGAAGAGGAACUGAGGCAAAUCAAACUCAGUGAGCUGCAGACAGACAUACAUGUUGACACAAAACAGCAGACUCUCCAGGGUGUGGCGUUCCCCAUGCAGAGAGAAGCUAUUCAGGCCCUGGAGCAGUUCAGGGAGAAGAGGAUUAACUACGUUCAACUGGAAAUUGAUUUUCCUAAAGAAUCCAUCAAGUUGUCCAGCACAACCCCUACGGAACUGAGAGACCUGCCGAAAAGGAUCCCUAAAGAUGCGGCGAGAUAUCACUUUUUCCUCUACAAACACUCCCAUGAAGGAGACUACCUUGAGUCCACAGUGUUCAUCUACUCCAUGCCUGGUUAUAAUUGCAGCAUCAAAGAGAGAAUGCUGUACUCAAGCUGCAAGAACCCUCUCAUAGACACUGUGGAGAAAAACUUGGGCAUUGAAAUAGCUAAAAAGUUGGAGAUUGACAAUGGUGAUGAACUGACUAGUGACUACAUGUACGAAGAGGUCCAUCCCAAGCAGCAUGCACACAAGCAAGCCUUUGCCAAACCCAAGGGGCCAACUGGGAAGAAGGGUGGUCGUAGAAUCACACGGGCACCAGGGGAUGGUGUUGAUGACGAUUAAACCUCUUCCACCGCCAACCUACUCCAAGACAGUGGUACAUUCCACCUAGUCAAAUGAAACUCCGUCCUUGAACCGAAUCCCCAGUUUACCUAGAGUCAAGUAGACCACAGCCCUGUAGACUGAUCUAUGCACAAAGUAAAACACUAAGCCUGUGAAAUUACAUAUUGUAGCUUGCAAUAUGAAGAAGACAGCUUGCGGUACACGAGAAUGUAUUUACAAAGCUUUCACUUGCAUUCAAGGAUGCCAUCUGUGAUGUUCCUGGUGAUAGUUUUACCACUAUUACACUGUUUACCUGCAUAUUGUAGAUUGACUUGUUUCUUUAGCCCAGAAGAUUGAUACACAGUGCAAUAUUGUUGAAAUAGACACUCCAUUUAGUGCUUGUUUUCCAGAUAUAGAUAUCAGUUGCUCAAAAUUAUGAUUUUUAAGAAAAACCUUCGGUUUCUCAUAAACGGAUAUCUAGUCUAGCCCAUGUAUAAAUCGCACUUUUGAUGGUAGCUUUCCAGUAAAAUUACAUUUUAGCUAAGGACUAGGGUUAAUAUUUGUCUGACAGAUUAUCUUCAGAACAGGGUAGUUUAUGCCAAGAUUUGGCUUGAUUUAUAUUUGGAAAACAAGCCCUGAAAGUUAAACAGUCCAUGGUUGGUCUUAACUAGAGUCCAUGAAUCCAUGAAUCUGUGUGACUGAACAACCCUGAUCAGGAAGGUCAGAAGUUCAGCUAUGUUUUAUGAGUUGCAAGCAUUAUAAAUUAACUUUCUGAUUGAUUAGGUCAUAAAACAGUUUGGUGUUCCAGUUGAAAAUCAGGCCUUCUUAAAGAGUGACCAAAUAAGUCACAUUAGGACAAAGUUAAUCAGUAUUCUGACAGCCUCUGAAGCAUUUUUGAUGAAGGAUUUGCCAAGAGUAACAUGCUGAAAAUGUUCCAAUACCUUUAUACCUAUUUUAAAACAUGUAUUAAGUCUUAAAACUUGUGAUUUUUAAUGUAGGAAUGUUUAAUUAUAGAGAGAUGAUUAUAGAGUUUGGAGAGGAACCAAUCAUAACACAGAAAUCAGAAACAGCGAUGCUCUCUGCAUCUUAGCUAUUUUUCACGUUCUUCUAGUGAAGACUAAACCUGCAGAGAUACUAUUUUUCUAAGCCUGUACAGCUGUAUGUCCAGAUAAUGUUGUUGUCUAACAUCUUGGAAUGAGUGUCCACGGUUUCAAGUGUUUAUGGCCAUCUUUUCUGUUUUAGCAAAUGUUUUUGGCCUCCAUUUCAUGGCAUUCACAACCACAUUAAUGUAUACAGUGCAUGAAGGUUACUUAGCAUCUAAUUUGGGAUGCCAUUGAAGCCACUUAUAAGGGAAGGGACUAAAUGUCCCAGAGUUCCAUCUACUGAUUCACAACAGGCAAACCACUACUAACAUGUCUCUUAUGUGAGGGUAUAAUGAAGUCUUGAAUGGAAUCAUUAUAGUUCAAAGCCGUAAAUGUCUUUUUUUCUAUGCAUUGUGUAAGAAAGGGGGAGAGAAAAAUAAAAAGAUUUGAAGAUACCUAUAAAUUUGGAGUCAUCUUGUCAGUUUUUCCUGUUUUAGAAUUUGAGUGCUAUAAUUAUAGAUUGCUGUUGGGGCAUUUUGUCACAAAAGCUCAGCUUGUGUUCAGUGAUCUGUAUCUUAUAUAGACCUUAUUCAGAGUAUUUGAUUUUUGACAGUAAUGAAAAUGAUGCUGUGAGGAAUAGACUUGCAGUCUCUUUCAAGACGUGCUGUAUAGAGGUCCUGGAACUCGUGUGUUUUGUCUACUGAAAUUUUUGGAAAGAUGUAUUUUCAAUGUUUUGUCAGCUGAACGCCAAUUUAGACAUCUGUACAGCCCAUUGAAGAGACUGUAAGUCUAUCUCUCACAGCCUCGUUUUAAUUCCUGACAAAAAUCAAAUAUGGUGCUACUCUGAAUAAGUUACAUUUCUUGGGCAAUAACGAAAUGAUUAAAAGCGUUUUUGUAGCGAAGCCUUUAAAGAUCCCAUAUUAUGCUCAUUUACAGGUUCAUAAUUUUAUUUUGAGGGUCUACUAGAAUAGGUUUACAUGCUUUAAUGUUCAAAAAACACAUUAUUUUUCUCAUACUGUACAUUUCUGCUAAACCUGUUUUCGUCCUUUGGCUCAAACGCUCUGAUUUAGGUCCUGUCUCUUUAAAGCCCCCCUUUCUGAGAUUUCUUGAGAUCUACUAUUUUGUUACACAGUUUUAGGUAAAAGCUGGCCCACAGCUGAAUAGUAAACCCUUACCAAUACAAUAACAUUACAUUGGCAGUCCACUACUGUGGAUUGCAGACAUAAAAUGACCGUUUGUAAAAAUAAAUCCAUCUCCACACUUGAUCACUAUUUAUGAUAGUAAGAAUGACAAACAAUCUGCAUAAUUCUACACAAUUGUAGGUAAAAGUGGGCCCACAGCUGAUUAGCAAAACUAUUUCAACACAAUAACAUUAGCUAACAGGUUAGCAGAGGCCUACAGCUGUGCACUGGGUGUACACCAUAGCUACAACACAAAACUCUGCUUUUGAACUCUCGGUAGCAGAUAAAUCAACAAAUAAUCAAGCCUACUUACAGGUUGUGAUCCUGAAGCGCCAAAUUGUCCCAACAAAGUGGGAACUGCACCGUCUUUCAGGAGUAACCGUCUUGAAAAUCCGGCACUGGU